AGGGGGCGGGGUCGAGAGACAAAGGCGUGUUGCUCGCUCGGGGCGUGCGUGCGUGCGUGCGUGCGUGCGAGGGUCGUCGGACGGGGGCUCGGCUGCAGGCUGCACACUCGCGGCGUCCUCCUUCGUCCUUCCGGCGGCGGCGGCAGCAGGUGCAUCCAGAGAAAACCAGAUCAGAGCGCCAGACGUUGCGGCGGAGGCUACAUGCUAGCGCUCGUCUUUGACAUCCAACAAGAAGUUGAACACACCCAAAAAGCCGAGAUGGACUUUGUGAUGAAACAAGCUUUAGGCGGUGCCACCAAAGACAUGGGCAAGAUGCUGGGCGGCGAGGAGGAGAAGGACCCCGACGCGGCCAAGAAGGAGGAAGAGCGCCAGGAGGCUCUGAGGCAGCAGGAGGACGAAAGGAAGGCCAAACACGCCCGCAUGGAGGCCGAGAGGGAGAAGGUCCGGCAGAGCAUACGGGACAAGUACGGCCUGAAGAAGAAGGAGGAAAAGGAGGCCGAGGAGAAGGCGGCCUUGGAGCAGGCGUGCGAGGGCUCCCUGACGCGCCCCAAGAAGGCCAUCCCCAGGGGCUGCGGGGACGACGACGACGACGACGACGACGGCAGCAUCCUGGACACCGUCCUCAAGUUCCUGCCCGGCCCGCUGCAGGACAUGUUCAAGAAGUAGACCGACCGGACGGACGGCGAGGAAGCAAGGAAUCGUGGGAAAGGACAGGGCAGGUUUAAAAAAAAAAAAAAAAAAAAAAAAAGGGGAAUUGUGGGAAAGGUGAUUUGUAUUCUUGGCAAACUGUUGCAGGCUUCACACUGCCUUUUUUUUUACUCCUCACAACAUUUUUUAUUUCAUUUAAUCCUAUCAGGCCUUUCGAUUGGUAGGCCGUCACCUGUCGCUAGGCGGACGCCACCAAAUCCAAAGUACGUAUUUGCGACACGUGCCUUCAUCGCAAAUGGAUGUGGGAACUGCAUGCUGACGUUUAGGGCCGUCUGAUUGGCCAGCUGGCGAACAGGAAGUAGCGACGCUGCCGCAGUUACCGCCCAUCACUUUUUGUGGGAGUCGAAAGCCCCUUCCCGAGUUUUCAUGGCAUUAUGGUGAACCCGCAUCAGAAAGUAAACGUCACUUGGCCCCAUUGUGUAACGAUUUAAAAGACGCUUACGCAAUGAGGAAUAACUCCGUAUCGGUGUGAACGUUUCCGAAGGCGCAUAAACACCGUCUUCACUGUUACGUCUCCGAUGCGGCAAUUUUGGGGAGACUCUACGGGUACGGUCAACAUUCCAAAUUUCCCAGCGUCCUCUGUUAAUUAUCUAAUUGCGGGCUUCUGUUUCUCUGUGUGAAAGUGUACACCUUUGCUGGAUUGUGUCAGAAAGAGCCCAUUUUCGCAGAAUCUGUGUGAAAGGAGCUCGUCAUUCCAAGGUUCCCUCUUGGUUUUGCUUUUGGUUUUGGUUUUUGACACGUAUUUGUGGUGGUGCGCUCCCGCUAGACAAUCAGUACAAACUUCUGGCAUUGGGAAACAGUACUGGGCGCGAGGUUAAACUUGUUAUGCUUUCUCAAAUUCAAAUUCAUCACCACGGAGACCAAAGAUUACCAUUGCUUUGCAAACAGAAAAAUCCCCACUCAACUAUGACGCCACGCUGUGCGUCAGUGGUGCGCGUACAUUAGUGGCGUGUCAACGAUGCACUCUUGGCGCAUCAGCGGUGCAUUUCGGGUGCAGUAGUGGUGUGACAACAAUGCAAUUGUGGAGUAUCAGCGGUGCGCUCUCACUGUGUUACUUGAGCAUUGCAUCAGAGGCGCAUUAUUGGUGCAUUCGGGGUACAUUAGUGGUGCGCCAGUGUUGCAUCGUUGGCGAGUUAGUUGUGAGCGGUAAAUGUGACAAAGUGCCACCCAAUCCAAAGGUAACAUAAUAAGCGUUUGGACGAGCUAACAGCUUUAGCGUGUGGCUAAAGGCUACGAAGCUAUGAAGUUAAGUGGUUUGCUUUUUUGUCAGCGGUUGACAGGCGGGAAGAACACAAAACACUCGUGUAGUUGUUGACUUGACGGCGACAAAGUAGAAGAAGAUUCCGGACUAGACCACAAAGCCAUACGCUUUAGACUUUUUGUCAUAAUUCCUUCAAUAUUUUUCUUUUGUGUUUGUGUGCGUGUGUUGCGUGAACAUGUACACGACACGCAUAUAGGAAGAAACUAUUGUGUUUGUGCGUCUCUGUGUGUUGUUGUCUAUGUGUGUCUUAAUACUCAAUGCAUUCCUCACGCAUGCCAACUGAAGACCAAAUGUAUUAUUUAUUUGAUUGAUUUAUUGGAGCAAUCAUGGAAAAAAUACAAAAUGAACAAUAGUCAAAUAUUAGAGAACAAUUCAAUCGUAUCAGACAAUAAUAUUAAUGACUAAUACACAAAUAUCAGAUAACAAUACAAAAAUAUUUGACACAUAUAUUUUUAAAUAAUGCAAAAAUAGCUGAAAAGUAUUUGAUGAAAACGACCCAAGUAUUAGAAGAUAUACUUGUAAAUGUUGGUGCCUGAUUAUGAAAUUCAUUGAUGAGUUUGUGUUUACGUGUGACAUUAAUGUAUUGGUCUGCAUUUUCUGUUCCGCCGGUCACAUGUUUGCUCUUCUGUCCUCCUAUUGGCUAAACCACGCGCCUUCCUAAAGGGCUAUUCCGUGUUUCGUGUUCCACGUUUUAACGUUGGCCAUGCUGCCUCCAGUGUUUUUAAAGACACUCUGUAAUAUUAGACAGUAUAAAAACAUACAGUCAUGACAUAAAUCAAUAGAAUUAAACAGUUUUUGUCA